AGGAAGGAGAAUCUUCGGAGAGAGUUUGUAGACGUUAACAGGAUGGGUGGGAACCUGGUGGAUUUUGACCUUGUCGUGCUGGUUGGCUGUUGGCUACAGAUUCGUCCCACUAUCGAUCGCAAUCUGCAGGUCAAAAGUUGGUUGUUGUUGUAGGUGCCUCGUUUAUCAAUGAGUGCAAAUUAGUCAGGGAGAAAGUCCAUCAGCAUUCCCAGAUAUCAACAGGAUCUCCGGAAGACUGACAGGCAACAAAGGACAGAGAGAGUGACAGACAGACAGAGAGUCAGAGACUCAAAGAGACAGAGAAAAGAGAGAAAUAGAGAGAGCAAGAAAGAGAGAGAGACAGAGACCAGAGAGGGGGAAAUAAGGGAAAGAGAGACAGACAGAGAGAGACACAGACAGAAAGACAGAGAGAAGAAAAGACAGAGAGAAUAAGAGAUCACAAAUGGAUAUUAUGAGUCAUGAUUCCCGGAGAGGAAGGAAGGGGUUUGCAAAGGUGAAGAACGUUGGUCCAAAGUUGAUUCCAUUUGCCAUCAGCUCAUGCCUCUACUUCAUGCUGUGGCUGCCCAUCUCCAAUCCCUCCUGGUUCAGUGCGCUGGUCAAGUGUCUCCCAACCCUGUGUCUGGCUUUCUUCAUCUUGGCGCACAGCUGGGGAGUGGGGAAGACCCACCCUCACUCCAAGAAGUUCGUCCUCGGGCUCCUCUCCUCGGCCCUCGGAGAUGUUUUCCUCACCUGGGGAGACCAAGGGUUCUUCAAUCACGGCGUGCUGGCCUUCGGCAUCGGACACGUCUUCUACAUCACGGCGCUGGGCCUGCGGCCACUGCGGCCAGGCAUAGCCCUGCUGCUCCUGCUGCUGGGCAUCGGCCUAUACGGCGCCAUCUACCCGUGCCUGGACACGGGCAGCCUCUACGCCCUGGGCGGCUACAGCGCGGUGCUGACGCUGAUGAGCUGGCGCGCCCUCGCCCAGGCCCGCUGCUCGGGCUACCAACGAAGCUGGGGCGCCCUGAGCGCAGCGGCCGGCGCAGUCGUCUUCAUCUUCUCCGACUUCGUGCUGGCUGUGGACCGGUUCUGCCUCCCCCUGCCCCAUGCCCGCUUCACCAUUAUGUCCACGUACUACCUGGCACAGAUGCUCAUCGCGCUCUCAGUCCUUGACGACCCCGACCACGACAGCCUGUGGAAGACACAUUAG